UCGUUGUCCAUCUCUCUGACAUCAACCCCAACAAGAACAACGACGUCCAUUUUCAGAGAUCUUGCUCUUAGCAAGUAGCAGCUGCAGCAACUGGUUCGUUCUUUUUUUGUUUGUUGGAGCAGAGCAGAGCAGAGCAUAGAGAGAGAGGAACCAGGGAGAAGCAACAGAGAUUGGUUGAUUCAAAUAUGUAUCACCCAUCGUCCUCAUCUUCCUCCUCCCACUCCCAGAAAUCUAUGGGCUCUACCGGUGGUGGUGGUGGUCUCACCCGCUACAGCUCAGCUCCAGGGUCCCUCUUGGCCAACGCCGUCGAUUCCGUCAUUGGCAACCCCAACGGCGGCCGCGGCGACUUCUCCGCCCUCGGAUCCUCCUCCGUCCAGCCGCCGCGCCGCCACCACCACCACCCACAUCCACCUCCCCCGCCGUCCUUCUUGGGCCACUACUUCUCCGCAGACUCUUCUUCUCUGACCUCCGAGUCGACCUGCAAAGUCAACUCCCCUCCCAAGGACAACAAAUCCACAGGGUUGCAGAGAGCCUUCGGGUUGAACGACUUGGGGGUGGGAUUGGGGUCUUCCUCUGCGUCUCCUCCUCCUUCCUCUUCUUCUCUUCUGAGGCAGAGAAGCUCCCCUGCUGGCUUCCUGUCCCACCUCACUCCUGAUACAGCAGGUUUUUCACUUACACAAGGGGCCGGAAGCUCUAAUGGUGGUCAUGGAUUUUCCCGGUUGAAGCCUCAGUUGAGCUUCACUAGACAAGAAUCGCUUUCUCAUAUUUCUGAAGUAAGUGAAAAUGCCGUCGAAGGUGUAAGCCCAGACAAUGGCCACCAAGGCACUACACAUUCCUAUGCCACUACAAGCUUUGGCGUAGACUGGGAGAACAGUAACUCCAUCGUUUUUUCUCCACCCUCAGGAAAACGUGCCAAGAAUGUUGAUGGAGAUAUGUACAGCUUUAACCCUUUAGAAACUCAGUUUAGCUUGCCUCAGACAACACUUGAGAUGGCCACUGUAGAGAAGUUCCUCCAUAUUCCUGAAGACUCAGUUCCGUGCAAAAUUCGUGCAAAGCGGGGCUGUGCAACUCACCCCCGAAGUAUCGCUGAACGGGAAAGAAGAACUAGAAUAAGUGGGAGGCUGAAGAAACUGCAGGACCUUGUCCCUAACAUGGAUAAGCAAACGAGCUAUUCAGACAUGCUGGAUUUGGCUGUUCAGCAUAUCAAAACCCUUCAGAAUCAGGUUCAGAAGCUUCGCCAAGAUCUUGAUGACUGCACAUGCGGGUGCAAGCCAAGCUCAUAGCAUUUGCGGAUGGAG